AUGGAAGCGACGUACGGCCACGAGCGCAUGGAGGCCUUCCGCGAGGAAGGGGACGACCCCAUGCACAUGAACCACUGCUUCCUCCUCGACGCAGGCCGACGCCCGCGCAUGCUCCUCGCCAUGUCCGGCGCCGACGGAGGUUCAAGCCGCUGCGUCGAAAUGGGUCUGGACGCGUCGCGAUGGGAGCGCUGCGCGGCCGUGACCUGCAUCUCGACGAUCGUACAUGGCUCCAUGGAGCUGGAGCUGCGAGGUCUGCUCGACGGGUCCGUGCAGCUCGCCCGCGUCGGCGACGGCGACGAGUGCACGGUGCUCCUUACGUACCCCAUUGCCAAGGACGACCCCAUUACGCAAGCGCAGAUGGCCGUGCGCGAUGGAACGCUCCUCGACAUAUUCGUACUUUUACGCAGCGGAAAGCUCAUCGCGGUCGAGGACGUCGACUUGAACGACCUCGCCGUGGACCCGCCGCCGGCCCUCCCAACGCUCUUCCAGAAGGUCCGACUGCGCAUGGCUGCCGUGGGCGCUCAGACGCAUGCGGAGCGCUCGUCCAUGAUGCAACUGGCGCGCAACCCCAACGGGUCCACGACGGUGUUUGUCGCCAACCACGGUCAGGCCGUCGUCUCUCGGUGGACUUCGGGACUCGUUCCGGCGCCCGGCGACCCCAACAAGGUUUCACACUCGUUCAUCCGCGAUAGCAGCGUGACAAUAGCGUCGACGACCGGGCCCGUUCUGCACCUGCACCUGAGCGACGACGCGCAGUUCCUCGUGGUCGUAUCGUCCUCUUGCAUCACAUGGUGGGACGCUGCGACGCUGACCUUCCUGCACGAGUUGCCCGUCGAGAACAUCGCCGCAGCCUGCGCGCUCUCUCCUUGGAGCCUCGCCGUCGCCUGCAAGACGAAUACGACGACCGUGACGGUUCAGGUCGUCUCGCUGCAGUACCGAGGGCCGUGGCGCUCGACUAGCGACGUGACAAGCUGCACGUCGAUCGCGUGUCCUGGCCGACGCAAGAGCGUGCUGGUCCCGUGCGGUCCGGACCUUCUCUUGAUCGGGAUGACGAGCGAAAAUGUCAUCGAAACAUACCGCGUCUUCCAGCAGCAGGCGCCGCUCGCACCCUUGGGCGUCUCGCCUCUCCAGCAACUCUGCGAUGCAAUGCAAGACCCGAACCACGCGGUGUCGACAGAGUCCUUUCAGCUCGCGAUCUGGACGCACGUGCAGGCGUCGCCAGACGCGAUUGCCGCCAUUUUGGAGCUCACGUUUCCGCGCAGCGAAGACAUGGACACGCUCUUCGAUGCACUUGAGAGCUGGGCGUACGACGAGCAAGACGGACUCGCCGACGCGGCGCUCCUCGCGCGCAUUGCGAGCGUCCAGUACAAGUGGACGACGUUCCAACUGCUCUGUGCGCCCGACGUUGCCCCGAUCGCACUCGACGCGUGGCUUUCGUUCCGGUCGGCGCCGCUCGACGACGUGCUGCGACUGCUCCUCACGCAGGGCGCCUUGUCGCGGCUCCAAGUGCUCUGGCGUCGCCACGUGAGCACCGAGUUGGUGCGCGCUUUCUCGCUCGAGCUCCUUCCGAGUGAUGUCUCGGCAAAAACGGUGCGGUCGUGGAUCCUCGACGACGUCCUCCCAGCAUUUGAGGAGUAUCGCGUGUCGCUGCACGACCUCACAACAGCGAUCGUGCAGCGCGCGACGGCCUUGGCGGACGACGGUGACGUCGACGAAGCGCGGGCGUGGACCGAGCUUCUGCGACCGCAGCGUAUCCCGAAAGACCGCCUUUGGCGGUACCCGCCCCGCCAUGGCGACGGCCAUCAGUCGCCACACGACGACCUCCGCGCGCUCGACGUGCAGCUCCAGCAGCUCGCCUACCUGGACGAGGUCCAUGGGUUUCAUCUCUCGCUUCGCGCCUUCCAGAUGGCCAGUAUGGCGGGGAUUGCCAUGAGCAUGCUGGACCGCGUCCUUGUGCCCGACCUCAUGGCGUCAGAGCUCGCUUGCCACGUGCAGCCGCUCCUCGCCUUGUGCGACACUGUCUCCCUCGACGACGUAUUGACCGAGUACAUUGCGGAGAAGGCGACGAGCAGCCAGCUAUUGCAAACGACCGAGGCGCACCGGUGCCGCGUGCUCAUCCCGCGCAUCGAGAGCGUCGAGAAGCGUGCGGCGGCAGCCUUGGCGUUUCUGCAGGCCGUCCGCGCGCCGUACGACGCCGAGAUUGUGGCUCUGGCGCACGACGCGGGGACGUGGCCGAGCCUGUGCCGCGUCGAGCUCCAAGCGCAGCUGCGCGUCAUGGAGCUCCAGGACAUGUGCGUCGCGUACGGUCUUCGUCCGUUCCUCGCCACGGACGCGCUGUUUGCGUCGCGCUUUUGCCGGUUCAUUUGCGGACAGAUUGACCGGCCGUCCGCACUCGACGACGCGCUGCAGCUCGCACGCGCCUUUCGGCACCUCCACGAGCACCGCAUCGUCGUGCAAUUUUCUCAGAACGUUCUUGCGUCGACGUGGUCGGACGAGCGGCAAGGCCGCCUUCUCGCGGCACUCAAGGCGCUCGCGACGCCGACGCGAUGGUCCGUGGCCGUCGAGGUCGUCCAGUUUGGGCUCUUGCGCCUUGAGACCUACGAGCGCAACGGCGAGAAGGAUGCGCUGGGACACGCGCUCAGCUACGUGCUCGGAUUCGUCUCGGCCGUCCUCACGCAGUACGACGCUGCGAAAGACGGCCCCCACGCGCUCUUGGAGCGGACGAUCACGCUACCCCUGCGCCGUGACCUGAUAAAAAUGGCGGCGCUCUUCAAGGAGUUUGGCAUCGCGCUCUCGCUGCGCACGUACCAGCGCGACGGCAGCCACACGGAGCUCCUCGAGUCGCAGCUGCAGCCAUGGGUCAAGUCCCUGACGCCGCCGGCGCCGUCGCUCAAGCGCAAACGCGUGACGCAGGUGGUGACGGUCGCGAAACCGCCUGCAGCGUCUGCGGAGGCGCUAGCGGCCGUGAACACGACUCAGCGCUUGAGCUCGCUCUUGGGCCAGACGCCCGACCAAUUUCGGUCCUUCCUCGCGCUGCUGGCCGCCAAGGCCGGCAACACGGACCAGGCGCUGCGGUUCGCGCGGCGGUCCCACCCCGUGCAGCUCAAAGACGUUGCGGUCGCACUGCUGCGCCAUCUGGUGGCGGCCAAUCGAACGGUGCAGCACGCGCCAAACAUCAACCUCGCCGUCGAAAUCUUGACGCUGGCCGUGCUGCAGAACCCUCGCGUCAUCACGGCGUGGCCGCUCCUCAAGCUCGCGUCGCUUCUCCAACACAUUUACAGCUUUACGGACGACCAGACGCGGCAGCGGGACGCUAUCUAUGAAGCGCUGCAAUCGUGGCGGGUAUACGACGAGUGGUACCGCGGGUCGUCGGUCGUCUUGGCGCCGAGUGUGGUCCCGCUCGCAGUGCAGUAUGUGAUGGCGCUCUGGACACACGACAGCGACGAAGAUCGGCUCGUGAUGGCCGCGACGCCGCUCCUCUCGCACCUCGUUGACGCGCAGGCACAUCCGCUGGCCAUCAAAGCGCUGCUCCACAUGCCGACGGUCCCGCAGGACGCACGCCCGGUGCUUGGUCGCCAGCUCGAUCACAUGCUCUCGGUCAUCAUGCAUGCGCCGCGCAUCGAUCGGGACUUGGCUCUCGGGUAG